AUGCUACAUGAAGCAGACAUAAAAGCUGUAAACGGAGCUUUAUUAAAAGCUAAUUCGGAAUUUGGAGAUUCCUUAUUGCCUUUGGAUUCAGUUGAUUUUGGGAUAAAAUUUUCAGAAUAUGCGAAAAAAUCAACUAUUUCUGCUGAGGGCUUAGUUACAGUAAAGUUGAGAUCACGAGCAUUCAUGCUUAAACUAUGUGAAGAACUGGUUAAACGUUUUCCUGCUAAUGUUGCGGUACUGACUGAUUUACGGUUUUUUACACCAAGUACUUGUAUGGAUCAAACUUCGAAUCUGUCUGUAGAAUGUUUACCGUGGGAUCUUGCAGCUAGUGAUGCCAAUAAGGAUGCGAUUGAGACACAGUGGCGUACGUUAAGAACAAUGAGGAUCGAUGAAGUUGUGAGCACAGUAAAUUUUUGGACUUCGGUAAACAAAAUUGAAAGCGCUGAUGGGUCAAAGACUUUCAAAGAUUUAAGUGCAAUUGCAAUCCGCGCGUUGUCUCUACCAACGAGUAACGCAGACGUCGAACGCGUUUUCAGUGUUAUGGCUGUAAUUAAAACGAAACUUAGAAAUCGCAUGCUAAUUCCGAUAUUAGUAGCUCUGAUGCGUGUACGAAUUCACAUGCGCGUAUUUAACAUUUGCUGUAAAGAUUAUACACCCUCGGAAAAAAUGAUUAAGCGUUUCACGAGUCAAAUGUAUAAAAAUCAGGAGCAAGAUUGUAAUUUAGUUGAUGACGAUAAGGCUAGUGAUGAUCUUGUAGAGGCAAUGAACUUAAUUGAAUACUCUGAAAAUGAUAACGAUAACUGUGAUCUAAUUAAUGACUGA